GUGAAGAAGUUUCCCCUCAAACUUCUCGGCUCUCACUCUUAAGCCACUGAGUGGGAAGAUUAGAGCCGGCACCGGAUUGAGGGGGCCUGAUUCAGUAAUAUGUGCAUGUGGAGAAGUGCAGUGUUUCACACUGAUUGCACAACGCCGGCAGACAGUCCCUUUGCUGCCGAUAAUAUUGUUCCAUUCUGCUGCAGUGUGCCAGAAGCUGUUCGCGGGGAAACACCCCAGUGCACGCCCUAAAGCGGUGUAAUCGGAACCGAGCAGGCCAGUCCUCGCCGCGAGUUUGACAAGGACCUCUGUCUGACAGUUCAUCAGUCGCCGAGCCUGUUUACACUUCAUUCAUCGUAACCAGGGUUCCGCUCCCGCCGAGGCCGAGUGCAACUUGCUGACUGCCCCGCUUUCGCCGAAUAGGAAUGUGCCAAAACUAUACCCUAGAUGAGCACCAACAAAACUGUGAACCUGAAAAUAAUCAUCAUUGGCUCUGUGGACGUGGGUAAAACGGCUCUCCUAAACCGGUAUGUCAACAACAGAUUCCGAGAUGAGUACCAGACGACCAUUGGAGUGAGUCUCCUCACGAAGCACAUCACAGUGGAUAACGUGGCCGUAAAGCUGCAGAUCUGGGACACGGGUGGUCAAGAGCGAUUCAAAUCCUUGGUGUCCACCUUCUUCAAAGGAUCGGAUGGCUGUGUGCUCACGUUUGCUGUGACUGACCGCGACUCCUUCUACGCCAUGGAGGGCUGGAGGAAUGAGAUGUUGGCCAGAGUGCCGGCAGGCCAGGAGGAGUUUCCUUUCAUCGUUCUGGGCAACAAAAUCGACGAAGAACAAGGCAGGGAGGUUACAAGUGAAGAUGCAGAAGCCUGGUGCAAUGCUCGAAACAUCCCUUACUAUGAAGUGAGUGCCAAAGAGGGCACAAACGUGGACAAGGCCUUCGAGAGGAUCACCCAGGUUGCUCUAUCACAGAUUUCCGAAGAGAAAGACACUUACUUAACAAACUCCAUCUCCCUGAGGAACCAGAACAUAACAGAGAGACGGAAAUGUUGCUGAAUCUUGGGAAUUGAAAGCCAAGGUUUGGAAUCUGUUUUAAAGACGUGUUGGGAUUCUGAGCUCUCCAAAUGCCACAUCUUUACACAAAUAUUUAUUUUUCUAAGGAUCGGUGAAAUCUGUAGUCCGACAUCUAAAUUAUUAUAAUGAAGCAUGUCUUUUUGUAAAUUCCAUACGAGUUCAACACACUCAGAACACCACUGUUAGACUUUUAACCAAAAUCAGGACGAGGGAGCAUAUCACUCCCAUCCUUACUACUCUGCAUCGGCUUCCAGUAUCUUUUAGAUUUGAUUUUAAAGUUCUCUUACUUGUUUUUAAAGCUCUCAAUGGACUGGGACCAGACUACAUCACAGAAAGGCUUUUGCUUUGUAAUCCUGCUCGAGCUCUCAGGUUAUCUUCUGCUGGUCUCUUAAAUUUAAACAAUCUUCCUCAAAAGAUAAAUGGCAGGUCAACACACACAAGAUGCUGGAGGAAGUCACCCAUGGCAAAAAGUACAGUUGAUGUUUCAGGCCGAGACCCUCCAUCAGGACCCGAUGAUGAAACAGCCCUGGUGCAGGGUCUCGGCCUGAAAUGUCGACAUGUUUACUCUUUCCUUAGAUGCUGCCUGGCCUGCUGAGUUCCUCCAGCAUUUUGUGUCUGUUCCUUGGAUUUUCAGUAUCUGCAGAUUUUCUCUUGUUUGUGACUGGCAGGCCAGCUUUUUUUUUGAUCUACGCUCCUACACUGUGGAAUUCAAUACCUAAAGCUGUAAGGGGUGCAGUAUCGGAUAAUGCUUUUAAACACCAGCUCAAAACCCAUUUAUUUAACCUUGCUUUGAACGAACAUCAUUUUGUCUUUUACUUUCGUGUUUGCACUUUAUCCCAUUGUAAAGCACUUUGAACGACAGUGUCUGUAUGAAAAAUGCUCUAUAAACAAGUUAUUAUUAUUAUUAUAUAGCACUUGUUCCCAAGUAUCAAAAGUUUUCAUUGAAAGAGAAAUAAAACCAUUCAGCGGAUAAAGCUUGAAGGUUAAAUGACACCGAGGUUCAAUUGAUUUGAUGACUGGACAAAAUAAAUCUUUUACAUACUGUAUGUUCUUCAUUGAGUUAUUACCAGGCACCAGUAACUCAACAGGUGGUGUUGUGGAGACUUGGUGAAUGGCAAUGGAGUGAACUUCCCAGAGGAUUCCUGCCAAUGUAGCUUGUGGUACAUUACACGACUUUGCACUGGCUUAUCAUCAUUCAACAGAUUAUAUUGAAGAGCAGUACUGGAAAGCAGAACAUGAGACAAGGAGUUGACAUAAUUCAAUGUAAAAUGUAUUAUUCCAACAAAGAUAAGUGCUAUGUUCAUUCGGGCUUCCUGCCAUGGUUACAAUGAAAACCAUGUCUUAGAAAAUAAUUCUCUUAAUCUUUGAAAGUAAUCUGGUAGCAAAGCUCCCUUAUUUCACAGUUGCUGCUGGUUGCAGGGAAAUAAAUUAAUCUUUUUUUGGCAUCAAAUGUGGCAUUAUCUUUGGCAGACUUCUGCGGCUUAGGAAGGGUGAGCGGAGUAAGCCGGCCUUCUUCGCUUACUGGCAAGAGCUAUAAGCAGAAUCGGGUUUAUAAUCACUGGCGUGUGUCAUCGUGAAAUAUGUUGCUCUGCGGUAGCAUGACAGUGCAAUACAUAAAAAAAGCUGUAAGUUACAAUAACUUACUGCCCGUUAUGCCGCUGGUAUUUAGGACAACAAUGAAGAUCCCCCAUCUCUCGGUGUGUUCAGGGCUUCCUUCAUCUUGUCAGUGGCUUCCUGUCAGUUUUCACUAUUGCAGGUCCCAGGAGGAGGCUCAGGGACACCAUCGCACUCUGACGUAGAAAGAUUCUUCACUUCUAUUCCCAUAACAGUUUGACCAGUCAGGGUUGUUGGCCUCUGAGCUAAACCCGUAAACCUAGAGGACUGGUGGGCCACUCUUAAUCUGGCCUCUACCCUUUGUCCUGUUUGGCCUGGGUGGCCCAAAGCAUAGAGCCCUGACCCGGCUGACGUAGCUCUCCGGGUCAUCGAGGCACGCAAGCCUCCAAACCCUAUGACGAGGUUGUGGUCCUCUUGGAGGAAGCUACAAUAAAAAAUAUUUUUAAAAAAGGAGUAGUGGAAAAAGAGAGCAAAGCAGUGAGGUGGAGCUCCAGUGCAGCCAAAUUCUUUUCUGGCUAUGAAAAUUGAAAAUUACUGCACACACGCUUUUGGAUUUCUGGAUGUCAACAUAGAAAUGGUUAGCACAGAGCCAUCAACCCGGGUUCAAUUCUCACCACUAUCUGUAAGGAUUUUCUACGUUCUCCCCAUGACUGUGUGAGUUUCCUCCUUGUGCUCUUACAUUCCAAGGAUGUAUUGCUUAGUAGCUUAAUUAGCCGCUUGAGUGUAAUUUGCUGCAAGGGUUUGUUGAGCCAGAAGGGCCUGUAGUUGUUCUGUAUCUCUAAAUUAAAAAAAAAAUCAGGUGCUUUCAGAAUGCUUAUUGCCUUGAUUUUACCCUCCUGGACUAUCUUUUUUUUAACAUGGUUAAUCUUAAUAACAAAGCAUUUAGAAAAAAGAGUACACUGGAGCCAGUAUUCUGCCAUCAAAGAAAUGUUGCAAAGAGACUGUUAUCAAGUUAACACCACACCAAGUCAUUUCAUAUCACUGGGCGCUUCUUGUAGUCAGAAUGUUUUUUUUAAGGCAGAAGUUGAUAGAUACUUCUAAGCAAAGGGGUUAAAGGGUGCAGUGGGUAGACAAGAGUGCAGUGGAGAGGUACAAUCAGAUCUGCCAUGAACUUCUGGAAGCCCCGGUAUGAAGGACUGAGUGGCCUAGUCCUGCUCUUACUUUGGAUGUUUGGCUGUAACAGGGAGGCUGACAGAUAAUGUACAGGCCUGUUCUCAGUGUGACAUGGGAAAUACAAGAGACGGCAGAUGCUGGAAUCUGGAGCAACAGGCCAUCCACAGGAGGAACUCAGUGGGUCAAGUGGCAAAGGUUGUGGGGGGGUGGGGGUAGGAAGUAAGGGAUUCAAGAUUCAAAAUUCAGGGCUCAGGUUUCCAACUUAACUGUGCAUUGAAACACAUGGUGAAAUGCGCCAUUUGCGUUAACAACCGCCACAUCUAAGGGUACGCUGGAGGAAGCCCCACAGGUAUCACUACACAUUCAGCCGCCAACGCAGCGUGUGCACAAAGCUCGGCAGAGCAACGCAGAACACAACGAGCAACAGAACAACAACAGUAAAACAGGCUCCGUUCCUCCCUCCCACCCACGCGCGCACACCGUUCUCUAACCCCAAGGCAGUCCACAUUCUUUGACCUCCUGCCCCCCGUGGACACAGCCACAUAGACGUUGGGCCUUCAGCUACCCCAGAAGACCCUCAGAGAUUCAUGGACCCGGGACGCCAAACAAUGUGCUUCGAGUUCUGGACUUUGACCCUCUUUGAAGAUACUGCUUGACCCACUGGGUUCAUCUAGCAGAUUGUUUUUAACUCCAGAGUUCACAAAGGAUCUAGUGCUUCCCCCGAAGUGUACGACGGAUAAACUCUGCUUGGGUUUCCAGCUGGGUACGUGUAUCAAUUUUAACCGAUGUUUUGAUGACAAAUUCUGCCACCUUCAGCAGGGAUGAUGCCUUGGCAUGUCUAGUUCAGUGGUAUACAUACCCCAUCGUCCAAACCCUUACAAACCUGUAAGAAACUCAAAUCCCAGUCUAUGUGGGUCAAAGAUAACCUGGGACUCAGGUCGGUUGGUGUUUACAGGAUCCCCUGUGAAUUCAGAGCAGCGUGUAUUGGUCAGAACAGACACACAAUGGGAAACCAUGUCAAGGAACAUAGGAGGUGUAUCCGUUUGGGUAACCCAGAAAAUCGGUGGUAGAACAUUGCAUUUGCAAUAGCCAUAGGAUUGACUUCGAUGGCACAAAACAACUGUGCUGUGCCAAUAACUUCUGAGAUCGCCGGCUGAAGGAAGCCAUUGAAAUAAAGCUAGCGAAGAAGAAUUUUAACAAAGAUCAAGCUCUUGCUCUAAGUAAGAACUGGAAUUCAAUUUAAACAAGGUUUGACAGCAGAAACCUGAUUGGUUAGUCCUC